CGCUUCACCCGACUACUUUUGCGACAACCUUCCGGCAGCUUUGUUCUCCUCAAGCUUUUGAGCCCCUUGGCGCCGCUGCCCGUGCGGCUUUAGGUAGCCGUGUCGCCUUCCCAUUCGUCUCCGGCCGGUCUGUGUGGAGCCAAGCCCUGGGCACCGCUGAUUUCCACGAUAGCGUCCGCGAAUCCAAAGUUGUCCGAGCCGUGCGGCCUGUGCACAAGUCGCUCGCCUUGUAGCCUGCUGUGACCUUUCCUUUCCUUCGGGUUUGCCGUUCCUUCGACUCCCGCCUCUCUUCCCAUGGCACCGUCAUCAGAGGACGGCGCCGCACAGAGGCACGUUAGUAAAAAGCUUCAUAAGAGGCACAAAGAGGAUCGCCAUCCGACCAUGGAGCUUCCCGACCGCCUCAAAGACCAUGGGGAUGACGCCGACGAAGACGUCUUCCCGCCUCACCAGGGCGCCCAAAUGUUCAUGAACAUGAACCAGUCGAUUUUCGGACUGAUUGCCGCCGCCGGUUCCACCGCAGAUUUCAACGAUCGAUUUGACAACCAGUCCAGCGACGACGAUGAAGAUGCCGAGCAGGGCGACCGUCCGAAAAAGAGCAGAAUACCGGAACGAGUCUCGCAGACCACCAUAUUGGAGCGGAGCCGUUCAAGAAAACAAAAAAGCGAGAAGCAGCAGAGGAGGUUAUCGGAGCACUUGCUACGCCCCUUUUCACGCUUGUCGCCGCGCAGCAGACUCAAACAUGACGGAUCCGCCAGUACCCGACCCUCCGACUCGAGCCCCGACGCUGACGUCGAGAGUGUGGGCUCUCCCAUUGCCGACGUCCCGUCGCCCACGCUCGACGCGACCCAGGUCGACCGCGAAGAGCGAAUUGCCCCUGUCAUGAGCAGAAUGCUCAACGCAAAAGCAGAGAUGUCUUCGAGGCCGAGUUUCGAUCUCGAAAGGCUAUCGGGCGACAACCGUAGGGGGGAGAGCGAAGACCCCGGACCUAGCAGGUUGGCUCGGCAGUUGAAGCGGAUAUUCGAGUUUGACGAACCCGAGGAAGUCAUCCAAGAAUAUCCUUGCUGGCUACUCCAAAGCGUGCUAUUGCAGGGUUACAUGUACAUCACUGCUAAGCACAUCUGCUUCUAUGCCUACUUGCCUAAGAAAGCGCACGAAGUUGCUAAAUCAGGGUACUUGUCGAAGAGCGGCAAAAGGAACCCCAAGUACAACCGUUAUUGGUUCCGCCUGAAAGGGGAUGUGCUGGCUUAUUACCGAGACGUAGCCAACCUCUACUUUCCGUACGGCCAGAUCGACUUAAGCUAUGCCAUUUCGGCCAGCAUCGACGAGAAGGAGAAAGAUGGCUUGUACUUUUCCGUUGUCACGCAUCACCGGACAUACUACCUCAAAGCCGACAGCGCCCCGAGUGCUAAGGAAUGGGUCAAGAGCUUGCAACGGGUCAUAUUUAGAUCCCGCAACGACGGCGACAGCGUCAAGAUUUCCCUCCCGAUCGACAAUGUCAUAGAUGUCGAGGACACCCAGAUGAUAGAGUUCGCCGAUACUUGUAAGAUCCGCGUGAUCGAUAACGAUGACACGUACGCGAUAGACGAGUACUUUUUCUCUUUCUUCAGCUUCAGCAAAGACGCCAUCAGUGUCCUCAAGAUCUUGGUGGACGGCGCUUCGAAACAGCAGGAGGCGAAGAACACCGCGGAAUUAAGACCUUCCCAACUCGUGGUGGGUGAAGGCCCCACCCGCCAUAGCUCUAUUAGUGCUCGGCGCAGUAAUGGACCUGCCGCUCUCGACUUGAGAUCGCCCAGGCUUCGCGAACAUGUGAGGGCAACAUUGGUUCCCAUGUCUCCCCAUAGCCCCCGAGAAUCGAGCCCUCGAGCCAGCACCGAGGCGACUCGUAGCAGCUUCGACGCGAUCCGCCAGUUUGGGCGACGAAGCCUCGACCCCGAUACCCUAACCCAGGAUGCGCCUCGUCGGAGUUUUAGUGCUCGCCGCUCACUUAGCAAACACCGCGCCCACGGGAGCGUUCCGCCUCAGGAGCAACCGGAAUCAUCCGAGUCCUUAGUUCAGUCCCUUGAGGAUCCUAGCACGUCCGCCGUGGCGUCGUCGUCAAACGAUGACCCCUCUGGCAGCCAGAUAUUGCGUGGUAGCGAGGUGUUCCACAGGCCUACCAUUCGCCGCUCGACCUCCGCCUCGCGCGCCUCUAGGAGAGAUAAAUCUUCCGGCGCGGGUCAUUUGUAUGAUAAGCCGACAGAAUUUUCGCCUUACCACGUGCAUCACGCUGCCACCACGGGACACGUCGAUGAUCUUGGCGCGAGUGAGAGGUCUGACCAAGCCCCAUCCGCGACGGCGCAAGGACUCCGAGGAAUAGCCAAGAUGGGGGCGUACCCUUUACAACGGGCGGGGUUGUUCGCUAACUAUUUGAAUCAGACGGGCCGCCAGGUCAGCAGCCUGCUAGCGACCGAGUCGAUGGGCUACGUGGAGAAGGUGUCGGGGAUGUGGAAAGGCGGGCCUAAACAUUAUCACGAGACUGCUACCCUGAAGCCCGAUGGCGAGCUGGACGACGACGCUGGUAACGGCAUCGACAUGGACCGAUUUCGCGCGCACUUCGCGCUCCCGGAAACGGAGAAGCUCCAAGCGGUUUACUACGGCUACAUAGUUCGCGUCUUACCUCUCUAUGGCAAGAUCUACAUAAGCGAUCGCCACUUCUGCUUCCGCAGCUUGCUACCCGGGACGCGGACGAAAUUAAUUUUGCCCUUGAAGGAUAUCGAGACCGCCGAAAAGGAGAAGGGGUUCCGCUUUGGAUACUCGGGCUUGGUUGUCGUGAUCAGCGGGCACGAGGAACUGUUUUUUGAAUUCACCAAAGCCGAGAUACGGGACGACUGCACAGUUACCCUGCUGCGGAACCUCGAGACCACACGCUAUCUCCGAGAGGCUGGCCUGCUGGAUCAAGAAGGCCACGACUACGUAGACGAAGCCAUGGCGGAGCGUGACGCCCUCAACGAAGCCAGGCUUCAGGAGAACACCGAGCAUGACCUCAAGAUGCCCCGUGAGACGUCUUGUAUAAGCGACUCGUCCCCCACGAUCCUUUUCGACGACCCCAAGGCGUCGUUCCUCAACUUCAAGCCGUCCCAGUCGAUGAGAGUUACCUGCUUGACUAUAGGCUCCAGAGGCGAUGUUCAGCCGUAUAUUGCCCUCUGCAAGGGACUGCUUGCUGACGGCCACAGGCCCCGGAUAGCCACCCACGCCGAGUUCAGAACUUGGAUCGAGGGCCACGGCAUCGAAUUCGCGCCCGUCGAAGGCGACCCCAGCGAGCUCAUGCGCAUAUGCAUCCAGAAUGGCACCUUUACCUGGGCGUUCUUGAAAGAAGCUAACUCGAAAUUCCGGGGCUGGCUGGACGAGCUUCUCGUAUCGGCCUACACCGCUUGCCAGGGUUCGGACCUUCUGAUCGAGAGCCCUAGCGCCAUGGCCGGCAUCCACAUCGCGGAGGCGUUAGGUAUCCCGUACUUCCGAGCCUUUACGAUGCCGUGGACCCGCACGCGGGCCUACCCCCACGCGUUUGUCAUGCCGGAACACAAGAUGGGCGGCGCCUACAACUACGUGACGUACGUCAUGUUCGACAAUGUAUUUUGGAAGGCGACGGCGCACCAGGUUAACCGCUGGCGGAACAAUGUCCUCGGUUUGCCAAGUACCAACCUGGAAAAGAUGCAGCCGAACAAAGUCCCCUUCCUCUACAACUUCUCCCCUGCGGUCGUGGCACCUCCGCUGGAUUACAGCGACUGGAUUCGUGUCACGGGCUACUGGUUCCUGGAUGAGGCUACUGCAUGGACCCCGCCGGAGGAUCUCAGAAAUUUCAUCCAGCAAGCACGCAAGGACGACAAGAAGCUCGUCUACGUUGGGUUCGGCUCUAUCAUCGUACCGGACCCGGCCAAGAUGACGCAAGAGGUUAUCGACGCUGUGCAGAAGGCCGACGUUCGGUGCGUGCUAUCCAAAGGGUGGUCCGACCGCCUCGGUGGCAAAGACGCCGCGGUUUCGGAACAAGCACUCCCGCCCGAGAUAUUCCAGAUCAAGAGCGCGCCCCACGAUUGGCUGUUCGCCCAGAUGGACGCGGCCGCUCACCACGGCGGCUCCGGAACCACGGGCGCGAGCUUACGGGCGGGAAUCCCCACCAUAAUCCGACCCUUCUUCGGGGACCAGUUUUUCUUCGGCAGCCGCGUCGAAGACCUCGGCGUGGGCAUCUGCUUAAGAAAAUGGGGCGCCAACAGCUUCGCGAGGGCGCUAUGGGAAACCACGCACAGUCAACGAAUGAUUGUCAAGGCCCGCGUGCUCGGCGAGACCAUUCGAAAGGAGCGCGGCGUGGACACGGCUAUCCAAUCCAUCUACCGAGAUCUCGAAUACGCCAAGAACCUGAUCGUGGCUAAGACGGGCAAGAACGGGACCACCGGCAGCUCUGACGGCACCGUGGGCAACGACGAUUCCGAAGGAGAGAGCUGGACUUUUGUCGGAGGCGACGAUGUCGACCCCGAGCUCGUCGCGAAGAAGAGUGACCUUCCACGGACGGACGUCGACAGGAGCCGGGCGGCCGGGUUGACCGCGCUAGGCUCGAGGCUGCUCGGCGGCAGAAGCGGCAGCGGGACGGAGGUGGCUCCGUCAUCGCGAAUCGGGGUUGGUUCCUAGGAGGAUCCCU